AUGAAGGACGUGUCAUUCGUGGAUCGCCUCUUUGUCGGCUUGGCCAUGGCCUCUUUUGUCGUGGCCACAGAGGAGAGGCCCGAUUGCCCGAAGCUCUGUGUAUGUGAGAUCAGACCCUGGUUUUCUCCGAGUUCGGUGUACAUGGAGGCUCAGACAGUUGACUGUAAUGACUUGGGACUCUUUAGCCUGCCGGAACAAUUACCAGUGGGAACACAAGUACUAUUACUGCAAACAAACAAUGUUGCCAAGAUUGACAAACCCUUGGAUUAUCUGGCCAACAUCACAGAGAUUGAUUUAUCGCAAAACAAUUUAUCCUCCAUCAGCGAUGUUCACCUGGGGAAUCUUCCUCACCUGCUGUCCCUUCAUAUGGAGGAAAAUUGGAUACAAGAGCUGCCUGAGCGAAGUCUUGCUGAGGUGGCGAACCUUCAGGAGCUCUACAUGAAUCACAACCUCAUCUCCUCCAUUUCCCCGAUGGCUUUUCAGGGUCUCAGCAACCUUGUGCGGCUCCACCUCAAUUCUAACAAGCUGACGGCCAUUAAAAGAGAGUGGUUCGAGCCCAUGCUAAAUCUAGAGAUCCUGAUGAUUGGUGAGAAUCCUAUUCUUUCUAUUGAUGAUCUGAACUUCAAACCUCUCACUAACCUUCGCAGUCUGGUUCUCACCAGAAUGAACCUGUCUCAGCUUCCUGACGAUGCACUGGCUGGUCUUGAUAACUUAGAGAGCAUCUCGUUCUAUGAUAAUAUUUUCCCGGAGGUGCCUCAUUCUGCCCUGAAAAAUGCUAAGAAUCUUAAGUUUUUGGAUCUAAAUAAAAACCCAAUUGCGAGGAUACAGAGAGGAGACUUUGUGGAUAUGUUCCAUCUGAAAGAACUAGGGAUUAAUAGCAUGCCAGAGCUCAUUUCCAUUGAUAGCUUUGCCCUCAAUAACCUCCCCGAGCUGACCAAAAUAGAAGCCACCAACAAUCCUAAACUCUCCUAUAUUCAUCCUAAUGCUUUCUACAAACUACCGCGGCUGGAAACCCUAAUGUUAAAUGGCAAUGCGCUCAGUGCCCUUCACAGGAUUACUGUCGAGUCCCUCCCAAAUCUCAGAGAGGUUAGCAUGCACAGCAACCCCAUCCGCUGUGACUGCGUAGUCCGCUGGAUGAACAUGAACAAGACCAACCUUCGCUUCAUGGAGCCUGAUUCACUGUACUGUGUGGAGCCGCCAGAGUACGAAGGCCAGCAUGUACGACAGGUGCACUUCAGGGAGAUGAUGGAGAUUUGUCUGCCACUCAUAUCUCCUGAAAGCAUGCCCGGGCACAUUAAAGCGCCGAAUGGGAGCUCUGUGUCACUCCAUUGUCGGGCCUUCGCUGAACCAGAGCCGGACAUCUACUGGAUCACUCCGUCUGGUACCAGGGUCCUGCCUAACACAGUGUCUGACAAGUUCUACAUGCACCCAGAGGGAACUUUUGACAUUUAUGAUAUAACAGAAAAUGAAGCUGGUCUUUACACUUGCGUUGCCCAUAAUCUGGUUGGAGCUGAUCUUAAAUCUGUUUCAGUAGAGGUGAAUGGAUAUUUCCCCCAACCUGCAAUUGGGUCUCUGAAUGUCCUAAUAAAAUCAGUCGGGACUAAUUUUAUCCUGGUUUCCUGGAAGGCCGGCCAUGGCACCUUGGCCCCAAACAUUAAAUGGUACACAGGAUCAGAUGCUAACCAUCCCACCACAGCGUUUACCACCAGGGUUCCCUCUGACGUCCAGGCCUACAACCUCACCCAUCUCAGCCCCGCCACUCUGUACAAAGUCUGUGUGGAUGUUGGCAGCAUCCACUACAACCAUGACACCAAAUGUGUCAAUGUCACCACUAAAGGAUUAGAGCUGGCAGCUGAGGGCACCGAAAAAUGGGACGCAGCAGUAAUCACCGUCUUUGGUGUGCUCUUGGCUGUUAUUUCAGUGGCAUGCCUGCUUAUUUAUGUGUCUCUGAGGAACCAUCACCUUUAUGGGGAAAUAAGGAAAUGCGACUCCAAAGCUUCGCUGACACCAGUGGAAGCAACCGGUAUGCACUCUCCUUUCUUUACAAAGCUGUGGGUUUCGGGUAAGGGACUGCCAAGUGGAGUCAAAGUGAAAGCCACAGUCAUAAAUGUAUCUGACAAUGCCUUUUAA